AUGAACCCAUUGAGUGCAAAAGAGUUGAGCGAACGACAGGAGAUUGUAGAGAAGUUCCAACGAAUGCGAGAGCAGCAGCAAGAAAUCGCAGCUCAAAUACGCGUAAUGGAAGUCCUGAAGGAAAUGGAGCCCGAUCGUAAAUGUUAUCGUUUAGUUGGUGAAUCUACUUUAGUGCAGUAUAAAGUGGGAGAUGUACUUGAUAUACUUGGUGGCAGUUUACUAAAUUUGGACAAGGGUUACGACACAAUGCAAGAAGAGUUAGUUAACAAAGGCAAGGAACUCAAUGAAUUUCGAGAAAAAAAUAACAUACGUUUAGUGACUGAAAAAGAGGCCUUGGAACUGAGGCAAACUCAUGGUUCUACCGCAUCAAGAUAA